AAAUGACUAUAUAUUUAUGUUAUGUACUAAACACUCCAUCAGGUAAAUGAGAAGCAUUUCUCAAUUUCCCUAUAAAACUCUCCUUUUCAUUAGCUUUCUGAUCUGUACAUAUUAUAAACUUGAAAAAAAAAAAAAAAAAGAUGAUAUGGAAGACUCUGGCGUGUUCAGGUUCGACAUUAGCGGUGCUUUCCUUGAUGAGACAACACAAACUUUCAACACAGCAUAUUGUGGUAAUCAGACUGAAGAUGACGAUGGAGCCACAAGAUUCACAUCAGUUGCACAACAGUUGCUGAUGAAUCUUCAAACAGUAACACCAAAUAUCAGAGGAUCUUCUGCAGCCAUGAAGAUGACAGUGUCUAACGUUGGUCCAACUAUUUAUGCCUUUGCCCAAUGUAUUGAAACCAUAUCACAAAAUGAGUGCCUCAGUUGCUUGAAUGCUGGAUACAACAAUAUAAAGACUUGUCUUUCCUACUCAGAUGGUAGGGCUUUUGCCGAUGGGUGUUUCAUGAGAUACUCCACAACUUCCUUUUUUCCUGAUAACCAGACUAUUGAUAUCGUACCUGCCUUCAAACAAGGUUCAAGUAACAAGGGGGCCAUUGCUGCUGGAGUUGUUUCAGGUGCUGCUCUUGCUUUGCUCCUCGUUGCAUUAUUUGCUUGGAUGAGACGAACUAAAAGCCCAAAGAGGGUUCCUAGAGGAGAGAUACCUGGAGCGAGUAAGUUGAAAGGCUCAAUAACUUUUAGUUAUAAGGAUUUAAAGUCUGCAACUAAGAAUUUUAGUGACGAAAAUAAAAUAGGAGAAGGUGGAUUUGGUGUUGUAUACAAGGGCAUUUUGGGGAAUGGGAAAGUAGUUGCAGUAAAGAAAUUAGCUUUACGAGCCUCCAAUAGGAUCGAUGAAGAUUUUGAGAGUGAAGUGAUGCUGAUAAGUAAUGUUCAUCAUCGAAAUCUUGUUCGACUUUUGGGAUCUUGUAGCAAAGGUCACGAUAGAAUCCUUGUUUACGAAUACAUGAAAAACAACAGUCUUGACAGAUUCUUAUUUGGUGAAAGGAAAGGUUCUCUCAAUUGGAAGCAACGAUAUGAAGUGAUUUUAGGAAUAGCAAGAGGCUUGACUUAUCUUCAUGAGGAAUUUCAUAUUCGCAUUAUUCAUAGAGAUAUAAAGACAAAUAACAUUCUGUUAGAUGAUGAUCUACAACCACGAAUUGCUGAUUUUGGGUUGGCAAGGCUUAUACCUGAGAAUAGAACUCAUCUUAGUACAAAAUUUGCAGGAACAUUAGGAUACACUGCACCAGAGUAUGCAAUUCAUGGACAACUAUCUGAAAAGGCUGAUAUUUAUAGUUAUGGUAUUGUUGUCUUAGAAAUCAUUAGCGGCCAAAAAAGCAAUGAAUUGAAAGUUGAUGGUGAUGCUGAAGGCGAAUUCCUCCUCCAAAAAGCUUGGAAACUUUAUGAGAGAGGCAUGCAUUUAGAGUUGGUGGACAAUGCCUUAGACAGUAAUGAUUAUGAUGCAGAAGAAGUGAAGAAAAUUAUAGAAAUUGGUUUGCUAUGCACUCAAGCAUCUGCAGAAAUAAGACCGGCAAUAUCUGAAAUAGUGGUUUUGCUUCAGAACAAGGGUUUAUUAGAGAAUAUGAGGCCGACUAUGCCUAUCUUGAUUGAACCUAAUUAGAGCUUCAUGGAAUACACCUCCAUCCCUACUGCUUCCGUUACAUCAAAUGAUAUUGCUUUUACUUUUUAAUACCAUCAACAAGAUAAUUGUACUUUACAAGAAUGUGCUUUUCUAAAUGGCUGAUGAGAGUAGUCUUAGUCGCAUCAGCUACCAACUAGUUCUAGAUCCAACUAUAAAUACAAUAUAGUGUAAAUCAUUCUCUUAGGGAUCAGUUUUAGAAUUGUAAUUGCAAAGGGGACAUAGUUAUUUAUAUGCAAAUACAGUACAGCUACUCUAGAAUGAUGCAAGCAUACUCUAAAUGCAAUUUUGUUAUGAUUAUGCACCUAAGUAAACUAA